AUGUUCGAGCGAAAGAUACACGAUAAGAAAAUUGGGCGAGGAAUCAAACUGGGGAAUACCUUGUUGCGUGUUGAUAAAGUUGUGUCGGUCAGGGUCAUGAAUGUCAACUACUUUCCCGUGACCUUGAAGAAAAGAACAAUGCUGGGGUACUGUUCGCCCAUUUCCUCUGUGAUACAGAGUGUAUGCAGUUCGGUUAGCCAAGCCAACAACUUGCCUGAAGAGUUGAAGAAGUUGAUUGACAUUUCCUCCAAGGACAUAUCACCAACUCACCGAUCCAAAUUGAGGGAGUUAGUCAAGAAGUUCCAGGAAAUCUUCGAUGUUGGAGAAGGAAAAGGCGGCAGAACGAAUAUGGUUCAGCACAAAAUCGACACUGGGAAUGCCCGACCAAUCCGGCAAUUAGCUAGAAGAAUCCCUCUUGCCAAGAAAGAAGUAGCAGACAGGAUAGUUAGUGAUAUGGGAAAAAGAGGAGUCAUCGAACCUUCUGAUAAGUCCUGGUCUUCCUCAGUCGUAUUAGUGAAGAAGAAGGACGGCUCCACAAGGUUUUGCGUGGAUUGUCGCCAACUUAAUAACGAGACGAAGAAAGACAGCUAA